AUGACUUCCAUAGAAUACACGUCGCCAGAAGAGUUCGCAUCAGGAUACAGGACUCUCCAGAGCACGUUUGCGAGCAAUAGAACCAAGUCUAUCAAAUGGCGCAAGUGGCAACUUAAGCAGCUGUGGUGGCUGCUCGAGCAGAAUCUCGACAAGAUUGUCGAUGCGCUCCACACGGAGCUCAAUCGUCAUGCAUUCGAGACUCUCACCAUGGAGGUGCGCGGCAUCAAGGGUGACAUUGUCGACAUGCUGGAACACAUCGAUGAAUGGUCCCAAGGCGAAAAGCCGGACGCAGGCUUCCUAUUCGGCACACUGGGAAAGGCGUGGCUGAGGAAAGAGCCGCUCGGUGUGACUCUGAUCAUAGCUGCGUGGAAUUUCCCACUCUAUACACUGUUGUCACCAAUGGUGGCGGCCAUCGCUGCUGGUAAUUGUAUCUUUUUAAAGCCAUCCGAACUCGCUCCGGCCACUCAGGCGCUACUGGUCGACCUGGUCCCAAAGUACCUGGAUCAAUCGGCCAUACGCCUGGUGACUGGAGGCCCCGCAGAAGUUGGCCGCAUGCUCGAGUUCAAGUUCAACCACAUCUUCUACACCGGAGGCGGCAAGGUCGGUCGCAUCAUUGCAACAGCCGCGGCGAAGCACCUCACGCCUGUCGUCCUCGAGCUGGGCGGUCAAGCUCCUGUCAUUGUGACAAAGACUGCGGAUAUUGAAUUGGCCGCCAAGCGCAUUGCCCACGCGAAGCUCACCAACAGCGGCCAGGUCUGUCUGAAUGGGAACCACAUCUUCGCCGACCCAGCCGUCCACGACCGGCUCCUCGAGAGGUUGCAGUUUUGGUUCGACAAGUUCCUCGAGACGGGCAAUGAGCAGUUCGCCACGAUCAUCAAUGAGCGUCACUUUGACCGGAUUGCGGGGCUGCUCAAGUCCAGUGCCGGCGUGGUGGUCUAUGGCGGCGACUUGGACCGUGACCGGAAGUACAUCAAGCCCACGAUUGUGCGGGACGUCACGACCGACGACUCGCUCAUGUCUGAGGAACUCUUCGCUCCGAUAGCGCCGGUCAUCGUGGCAGAUGUGGACCGCGCCAUCCGCAUCAUCAGAUCUAUGCCUCCUCCGCUAGGCCUGUACAUCUUCUCCAAGGAACAGGCAGAGAUUGACCACAUUCUGGACAAUACCACUUCCGGCGGCGUCACCAUCAACGACCUAAUGGUCCACGCUGGGGUGCCUCACGCGCCGUUUGGGGGUGUCGGCGAAAGUGGCUACGGCAGUUACCAUGGGAAGUACGGCUUCGAUGCCUUUUCGCAUACCAGGACCGUUGUCGCUCCCCCAACGUGGCUCGAGGCGGUCAUGAGCUUUCGCUAUGCGCCGUUUGACGUGAAAAAGGCAAAGUUUGCCGAAAUCAAGAGCAGUCUCGUAGGCAAACCGGGCGAAACAAUGGAACAGCAGAAGGUAGGGAAGAAGGUGGCCGUCAGCACGAUGCUAAGAAAUGCCGUCCUGGCUGUUGCGAUUCUUGCGGCCGCUGAUAGUGCUACCGGCGGGAAGUUGUUGUUUGUCCACACGAUGCGUGAUGUUGUUGACAAGGUCUUGCGGCGGAAAUGA